AUUUUCGAUUUUUCCAUGAUCUUUUUUCACAGUAGGGGCUGCCAGCAUCCCAAAUCUCUCCAGCCGUCACCAUGUUUCAGCACAACACACUGCCGGCAUCAGCUAGAACGUUGAUUUUAAAAGCUUUCGGCAGUUUAGUUGCUGUUAUUCUAUGUUACAAGGCAUUCUCAUCAUAUCAUAGAGAGGAACUUCAUGAUUUCAUCAACCAUGCCUCGAACAAUGCUUCCAUCACCCUUCUCCACCAUCAUGGUGGCAGCGAGUGUCUACCGCAAUUUGACUCUUCCCUUAUUGUCAACGAGUCAGAAUUUGUACGCAGAUCAUGUCAACAAGUCUCGCCGUAUUCGCUACCACGGGCUAGGAUAGGAACUGUGACUGCUCAUUUCGGUGAGCCCCAGGAUCAUUAUCAGAAAGCGCUACAAACACACCUGCUACACAGCUUGGUUCACGACACGCAACUUGAAGUUAUGUGCUCUCCAGUUAUGGACGACUCGGCCUGGAACAAACCUGCCUUCAUUCUGUCCCUACUCCUCGUGGAACUGAUGAAGCCGGCGGAGGAGCGGUUGGAGUGGCUAUUCUGGGUGGACCGAGACACUCUUAUACUUGAUCAGUGCCGUCCCAUAUCAAGCUUCCUCCCACCUGACGCUCCCCAGGACCAUUCAUACAGGGGCCGAAGAGAGGACGAAACGAAGCAUGACACGCAUCUGAUUGUCACGAAGGACUGGAAUGGUCUCAACGCUGGCAUUUUCCUCGUCCGUGUAAAUCAGUGGGCUAUAGAAUUGUUCAGCGAUAUUCUUGCCUUUCGAGAUUACAACCCCAAUGUAACGCUUGAGUUUGCCGAGCAAAGUGCGAUGGAGAUUGUCAUGAAAGAGCCCAAGUUCCAGAGACAUGUGGAAGACGUCCCUUGGGUGUGGUUCAAUGCCUAUCCUGGGGAUAGCCCUGCCGAGUUUGAGGAGAGGGACAGUGAGGAGGGUCUAGAAGAGCACCAUGCUAGACGAGGGGACUUUCUUCUUCAUUUCGCGGGUCGCAAAGACAAGGACAAGGUCAUCGAUGGAUGGGUGGAGAUGUUGAGGCGGCAGAAGGGCCCAUGGCAGCCGGAACGAAUACUGAGGAAUGCUAAUGCGAAUAUCCAAAGCUUCUGGGCUCAACUGGGACACCAUGCCGAUUGAGGCGAUAUCUAGGAUGGCUUAACCCCCGAGUAAGGUCACUAUCCGACAAAGAAGUGAAUCCUUAUUAUGUGAUUGCCUUGGCGGCUACUUUUAAGAACCUUUAUCAAGCCCGG